UCUUGUAUACAUACACGGAUGCUCCGAUCGACGUUCUGAGACUUCGUCCAAGCUCGAUCUCUCCCUGCCUGUGAAUAGCACAAGCGGCUAGCUAGCGCUGGGUGCGAGAAUAAUAAUGAGAUCAAAUCCGAUCCUGAUGGUGCUGUCCGCGGCGGCAAUCGGGCUCUUGGUCGGCGUCUCCUCUCCCAUACGGAUCGCGCCGACGGUGCUCCCGUUGUUCAGCAGCCUUGGUGGCGGUGGCGGCGGCGGCGGCGACGACGCGAACUGCACCUCUGCCGGCGCCGGCGGCAGAAACAUGGCCGCCAGAUUGUCAGCAGCACUACCCUUCUUCGGAAACAGCACCACCUCUACUGCAACACCAAUGAAGGUUUCUCCGCCGGCGAAAUCAGAAGAAGCAAAGAAGGGCGCGGAACGGCUACUACCGCCAGACAUCGUUGUUCGUGAGUCUGAUCUCCACCUGCGUCGGCUCUGGGGACAACCGCGUGAGGACACCCCCGUUCGCAAGUACCUGGUGGCGCUGACGGUGGGCUACAGCGAGAGAGCCAAUGUCAACGCGACGGUUCACAAGUUCUCGGACAACUUCGACGUCAUGUUGUUCCACUACGACGGGCGGACGACGGAGUGGGACGCCGAGUUCGAGUGGUCCAGGCAAGCCAUCCACGUCAGCGCCAGGAAGCAGGCCAAAUGGUACUUAGUGGUACGCCAAGAGGUUCAUGCACCCCAGCGUCGUGGCGCCCUACGAGUACGUCUUCCUUUGGGACCAGGACCUCGGGGCCGAGACCUUCGACGCGGAGGAGUACAUCAGGGUCGCCAGGAAGCACGGGCUGGAGAUCUCGCAGCCCGGCCUGGACAUCGUCAGGGGCGUCAAGAACUACGACGUCAACGUCAGGAGGAACGACACCGAGGUGCACACGUCGACGUCGGCCGGCAGGUGCAGCGCCCAAGACGCCGCCCGCCGCCCGCCGUGCAGCGCCUUCGUGGAGGUCAUGGCCCCCGUCUUCACUCGCCGGGCCUGGGCCUGCGUCUGGCACAUGAUCCAGAACGAUCUGGUUCACGGAUGGGGUCUGGACUGGAACUUCUGGAGAUGCGUCGACGAGCCUGGGCGGCAGAUGGGCGUGGUGGACGCGCAGUACGUGGCGCACCACCACGGCUUUACGCUGGGGGACAAGGGCAACGACACCGUGGACGGAAGCCGACGCAAGGUCAGGCUGCGUGCGUCGGCCGAGUUUGGCGAGUUCAAAGCCAGACUGUACAACGCGGACAGGGCCCAGCAGGCAGCAGCAGCUCUUCUUGCACAGUCCAAGGCGGCAGCAGCAGCAGCGCCGCCACCGUCGUAAAUCAACCAGUAGAUAUCGACAUCAUAACUCCUAAUGGCUGGUUUAACAUCGUUCAUAAUACAUCACUACUGUCCAGGAAAUCUCGAUAGUGUUUUGAGAAAGUGGAAAGAGGUACGCGUGCAGAUCAAGUUUUGAAAGUAAAAGCACAGAGGCACAAGUGGAAAGAGUUGUGCUCCUGAUCGAGUCGUAGGCAAACUCAAACAGGGGCCCACGAGCUUAAUGGUAUCCCUGGUACGCACCCUGGCCUGAACGAUAGUGUUUUCACUCGUAUGAUCAGAUGGUUCAGGCGGGGGGAACUUUAAUAAUAUAAAAGGAUCGCAUACCUUUCUCUA